AUGGAGAAAAAGAUCAUUCUAGAAGAAGUUCUUUUAAAGAAGUCACAACAGAAGAGAAAAAUGUCACCAGCUAAUUACAAGAAAAGGUUGUUUGUUCUGACAAAAAACAGCCUUUCUUAUUACGAAUACAGCAAAGAGAAAAGAGGAAGGAAGAAGGGGUCUAUCGAGAUUGAGAAAAUCCGAUGUGUUGAGAUGGUGAAUGUUGAGGAAUCAACACCUCCUGCAAGACAAUAUCCUUUUCAGAUUGUGUACAAAGAUGGCCUGCUCUAUGUCUAUGCACCUGAUGAAGAGAGACGGAACAAAUGGCUCGCAGCUUUGCAUAGAGAAAUUAAAGAAAACACCAAUUUACUAAGCAAAUACCAUAAAAGAUUCUUCACCAAUGGGAGGUUUCUCUGUUGCAAUCAGACUUGUAAAGCGGCUCCUGGAUGUACGACUUGGGAGAAAUAUGUGACUCUGUGUUGUUCAACCUGGUCUGUGAAACCACUGCCUCCAGUCCCUCAAACACUGCUGAGACGUAGAAGCCUGCCUCAGGUUGCAUCAUCAAACAAGGGAAUUCUAAAUAUGGCUGUGGCCCAGUGCAACUAUGAACCCUUAGGAAAUUCAGCUAUCCGUCUUGUCAAAAGCAAUAAAUACCAUGUAUUGCAAGAGGAAGAUUUUGCCUGGUGGAAAGUAAGAGAUUUGGAAGGGGAAAACUCAAGUGUCAGUGAGAACACAUCAGCAGAAGAACAGAGCAUGGCUCAGCAUGAUUGGUACGCUGCUGGUAUCUCCCGCGCCCAAUCUGAGCAGCUGCUCUAUCAGAAGGUACUACAUAUCCCUUAUUGCUUGGAUAUGAGCAGCCAACAAAAAGUUUCGGUCUUUGCUGUACUGUGUAGGUUUUUCAGAAGUAAAAAAGGAACAGUCAAACAUUACCAUGUACAUAAAACCCCUGAGAAUAAGUAUUACCUCACUGAAAAUCAGUGUUUUGAAUCAAUUUCCAAACUGAUACACUACCACCAGCACAACUCAGCAGGUAUGGUGCCAAGGCUCCGGCAUGUGGUAUCUACGCAAAUAAAUAAGGUCCCAGCGACAGCUUCAUUGGGAAAUGGAAUCUGGGAGCUGAAGCGAGAAGAAAUUGUCCCAUUGAGAGAGCUGGGAAAUGGUCAGUUUGGAGCAGUGCAUCUGGGAAAGUGGAAGGGACAGUAUGAUGUGGCUGUAAAGAUGAUUAAAGAGGGAGUAAUGUCAGAACAUGAAUUCAUAGAAGAAGCUCAGACCAUGAUGAAACUUAAUCAUCCCAAACUUGUUAGACUGUAUGGAGUAUGCUCAAAAUUGUAUCCCAUCUAUCUAGUGAUGGAAUAUAUGCCAAAUGGCAGUUUGCUCAGCUAUCUACAUAUUCAUGGGAAGGAAUUACAGCCCCUUCAGCUUCUGGAAAUCUGCUAUGAUGUUUGUGAUGCUAUGGCUUUUCUGGAGAGCUGUCAGCUCAUACAUAGGGAUUUGGCUGCUAGGAACUGUUUGGUUGACAGCAAUCUUACUGUGAAGCUGUCUAACUUCGGGAUGACAAGGUUUGUCCUGGAUGAUCUGUAUGUAAGUUCUCUAGGAACCAAGUUUCCAGUGAAGUGGUCAGCACCAGAAGUUUUUCAUUUCACCAAAUUUAGCAGCAAGUCAGAUGUAUGGGCCUUUGGUAUCUUAAUGUGGGAGGUGUUCACUUUGGGAAAGCAGCCCUAUGAGCUGUACGAUAACAUGCAGGUGAUUGAGAAAGUUUCUCAAGGAUACAGACUUUAUAGACCGCAACUGGUUUCAGAUAUCACCUACCAGAUAAUGUACAACUGCUGGCAUGAGCUGCCAGAAAAGCGUCCUGCCUUUCAUCAGCUCUUAUCAUUUUUUGAGGUUCUGAGAGAAGACUGCAGGCCUUGAAGAAGAUUCACAUACAGAUGACUGUGUGUACUUGUUCCAUAUCACCUGCCUUCUGUGAGAGAGUGAAAUCUGAACUCUUCCUGACAUUAGCCACCUCUGUUAUACUAUAUAUUAGUCUUCUUCUAAUUUAAUUAGGGAUUUGACCAAGAAAUAUAUGGGGAAAGCUUUUAUGAUACUCUGCAGGUGACAGGAUCUAGAAGGAUGCUGUGGAAGAAUGUAAUUCAUUCUGUCCACCUUGUCUCAAAGGACUCCUCAGGCACUGAGAUAUAUGGCAACUAUAUACACUUCUUCCAUGUUUCCAAGCCAUCAUCACUGUUUAACCUUAUCUGGAAAUGUAAACAAGGAAAUAAAUGCUAGGUAGGCUUUCUGUUUAUCACAACUCGUGAAUGCAUCUUUCUUUUGUAAUUCCCUGAAGCUGAUGCCUGAGGUCAAAUGCAGAACUGCUGCAAGUAACAACAACAUAGGUAGUUAUUUCACUUUCAAUUACUUAGAAAUCACUAUUGGUAAAAUAUUACAUCCCUUUGUUUACUAGUAGUAUUGGUUUUAAUUUUGGCCCUUGGGGUGUAUGUCUGAUUUUGAAUUUAUUCUAAGCUGCCUACCUAAGGUAUUUGCAACUCUACUACAUACAGGAAGUUCCUUAGGGAGUCACUGCUUCUUUCCAUACUUAAAUUUUUCUUUUCAUUUUUCAUGUAGUCACUGCAAUAAUAAAUGGUAAAUUUUGCAGGUCUGUAUAAAACUUUAAGAGUGAAAAUCUGAAAAAAUAAAAUCUUAAAACACUAUAAUUGCUUAGCUAGAUAUUUUACUACUGAGCAGCAGAACAUUCUCUACUGAUAUUAAUACUGAACUGUUAAAUAAGAACACCCAACUUUCAAAAUGCAUAGCACUAUGCUAAUUAAAGGCAACUUCACUCCAUCUGGAUAUACCAAAUACAUCUGAAGUUUCAUCACUGUAACAGAAUCUAAAGUUAGUACAAUGCCCAUCUAAUACAUGCAAAAAAUGAAGCAGUUGUGAAAUAAAGUAAUUUCUGAAAAACUUC